CUUCCGGGAAUUACUUCUACCCACCGCCGUUAGCAUGAGCUAAUAUCUAACACAUGUUUUCAGAUUAUUUUAAACUAAUCUAAAGCAGUCUGACACUUUAUCUUCAGCGUGCAGAAAUGACGGACAGGGGCGGUGGUGUGGAGUGGGUUGAAACUGCAGAGGUCCUUAUAAUUCAGGAAUGCAUACCUCCAGAUGCCAGUAACUCUACAGACACUGUCACCUCAGUUAUGCCUAUUUUGGAGCCAGCUGAAGCUCCUAUCCAGAAGCUAUUAGAUACAGUGGUACCAGGAGAGAGUGCUGGCUUUUGUUGUGAGGAGUGUCUGUCUCUUUUUCAAGAUCAAACUGACCCUGCAAAUAUGAGUGGACCGUCCUUCAUUCUGGACUUUCCAACAGCUGUGGAUGUGCCGCAGCGGGCUCUUCUAACAAUACCUUUUGGGCUCAUGAUCGGCAGGUCCAGCAUUCCUAAUGCAGGUGUGGGUGUGAUCAACCAUGGCCCUACUCUGUCUCCUGGGAUGCACUUCGGCCCAUAUGAGGGAGAAGUGGUUGCAAAGGAAGAUGCAUUGUCGAGUCAUUUCUCAUGGGAGAUCAACAAAGGAGAAGAGGGAUACGAGUACAUAGAUGGGGCCAAAGACACUCAUUCAAACUGGAUGAGAUAUGUGAACAGUGCUCGUAGCAAAGAAGAAGCAAACCUGAUUGCGGUACAGUACAAAGGCAGCAUCCUGUUUCACUGUUGUGGUACAAUCAGUGCUGGGGAUGAACUGAUGGUGUGGCCCAGCAGCAAGAUGCUUGGCCAGUUCAGCGAAGCUUGGACCCUGUUCUGGUUUUCAAAGUUGAAUACAAGAGAAACCAACCCAACUGCCUCCAGCCAGAUCUUCCUAUGUCCUCACUGUCAGUUAUCCUUCACCACAGAGACUUACCUACAGCGACAUAUUGAGAACUUCCACUCAGAUCCAAAUAUUGAAAUUAUUGAACUUCCCUCUCCCAAUACAGACAUGGGUCACGAUGGACAGUCAGUUGAAGUGCUCCAAGAAAAAGGUUCUGAAGACUCUAAAACUUGCUCAGAUUGUGGAAAAUCUUUUAAACAAAUUGCUCACCUUAAUAGACAUAAGCUUUGUGUCCAUUCAAAUGAGCGGCCCUUCUGUUGCACACAUUGUAAACGGACUUUUAGCCAAGCAUCUGGUUUAAUCAGGCAUCAACUUGUGCAUAAAAAGCCAGGUUUGAUAUCACAAAAGGAUCUGGAGUCCAACGAUAAUCUGACAUGUGAAAUAUCAAAUCCAGAUGAAGUUCAAGAGGAGAUUGAAAACCAGAAUUCUAAAGAAAUGGAGGAAUCAGCAGUAACUGAAAAUUCUAGUACAACAGAGGAACAACCCCCAGCUCAGCCUGAAGAACCAAAAAAGUGUCCAGACUGUGAUAAAACAUUUACUCUUGAGUCUAAUCUGAAAAAACAUGUGGCACUUGUACAUGCUAACAUCCGCCCUUAUGUCUGCUCAUUCUGUCAGAGGGGCUUUAGGCAGUACAGCGACCUGUCCAGACAUCUGAAAUCGCACAAAAAAACAAAGAAGAAGAUGAGGGAAGAUGUCAGUAAAGAAGACUCAAUAGUUUUGAUUAGCUGCCCUAUAUGCACGGUCACUGAACCCUCUGUAGACGAACUUAAGGAGCACAUCAAAAAUGAGCACCCAGAUGUUGUGUUUGUGGAGAGCCAAAAAGAUGACGAACCUAACGACCAAACUGAGGAACAACCUGCUGAACAACCUGCGGAACAAACUACAGAUCAACCUGCGGACAGUGAGGUAAAAGCUGACAGCCCCAUAACACCACAAGUAGAAGAAUCCACCGUAUCUCCUCCAGUAUCAACGUAUCAGAGACCACAGCGGCACGAAGCAAGAUCUAAAAUUUCAGCUCUAGCAAGGCUCAUUGCUCCAAAACGCAGGAAAGUUCAAAACACAACGCCAGCCAACAAAACUGCAUCUAGUGAGGAAAACUGUCCCGAACCAGAGACGCCAAGCAGCAACAGUGUAAAGCCAACCAAAAAGUUCAAAUGGUACGGUUGUAAUCGCUGUAAACGUACGUACCCAAAUCCAAAACUGCUCAAAACUCACAAAUGCCCCGCGAGGAAACUCAAAUGUCUUCAAUGUGGAGCAGUUUUUAGCAAAUCUGGGUUUCUUAAAAGACACGAGCGGACGGCACAUAGCGAUGAUGCCGAUUAUAAUCCUACACCUGCUUGUGAUCUUUGUGGUAAGGUCUUUUCUAGUGCUUCGAAACUUAAACAUCAUCAGAGAAACAAAAACUGCGAUAAAUACCUUUGCAAAUCCGAAGUUUUCCCCUGCCCUUUUUGUCAAUUUUCCUUUAGCAUCAAAAACUACUUACUGAAGCACAUAAGGAGGCACCAUCCCAUUGAUUAUCUGUCUCACUGUGAGUCAGAAACACUUGAAGACCUUGGUGUUGAGGAAGAAGUUCGAGAAAAACGCUUCAAAUGUACACUAUGCCAAAAGACCUAUGUGAGUGAAAAAACAUUCAAGAACCACGCAUGCUUUCAACAGACCAAAAUCCUUUACUUGUGUCCAGAUUGCGGUAAAGGGUUCAGUAAUAAAUAUGGUCUGAAACAACAUCAGCGAAUUCAUACAGGAGAAAAACCAUUUAGUUGCCCCCAUUGCCCCAAAAGCUUCACACACGUGGGGCAGCUCAACGUGCACCUCAGGACACAUACAGGGGAGAAACCUUAUCUCUGUACACAUUGUGGAGAGAGUUUUAGACAAUCAGGAGACCUAAAAAGGCAUGAAAGAAAACAUACAGGAGUCAGGCCCCACACCUGCCCCGAAUGUGGUAAAAGUUUUAGUCGUCCUCAAAGUCUCAAAGCUCAUCAGAUGCUCCACCUCGGUCAAAGGAUCUUUAAAUGCACACAGUGUGGCAAGAGCUUCUCCAGGAACUACCAUCUCAGGAGACAUCACCAGAAGAUGCACUCGUAAAUGGGAUGAAGAAAAAGUAUAAGAUAAAACAAUAGUUACUACCAUUGACAAAAAUUGUAUGGUGAAUACAUCCCCUUAGAGUUGUCAGAAUUUAGUUACUCAUAUUGUUACUUGAGAAUAUUUUCUGUACACAGUAUUUUUUGCGCUGUGAAUGGUCAGAACUUUCAAUCUCAGUAUUAGCAGAACGUUUUAAUUCUGUGGGUUAAGUUACAAGACACGUAUUUAUGCUCUGAAAAUAAAUGGUUGUCACGGGAUAGAAUCACCAUAGUAAAAUAAGAGAUCGAGACAGCGAGUUGAGAAUAUGAGGAACUUAAAAGUUUAACCCUAAAUGUGGAGAGAAUUGAAGCCUCAUGUAAUAGAAUAAAAUAUGAACUUUUUGCCUGUCAUUUUUAAAGUUAUCAAACAAAUUUUGACUGCUGGUAGAGAUGAUGCUUUGCCACUGUUUUUUGAGAAAAGGUAAACAUUCUUCUUCAUAUUUUGAAUCUGAAAUAUAGAAUUUGUUUAAAAAUAUCAACUGUAUUUCACUUUCAGGAUUUUAAUAAUUUUAGGUUUGACUGCAUAAGGUUUUUGCUGCAUAGUACUACACGCUCUUAUACUUUUUGUGCAGGGACUGUUUUGUAUAUAAUAUUUUUUUUGGCUUAAUCCAGCUUCAUUUUCUUAAUUUAAAGUUUAAUUAAUCAAAAUAAUGUAUUAUAGGACAGUGGAAGAUGUCUAUUUUGAAAACUAAAGCUUGUGUAAUUUUCUUUUUUAAUAAAAAUGAGACAUCUUGAA